CAUCAAUGUCAGAAGGGAAAACUGUGUUCUACCUUCGUCAAAACCACGCUCAUUCUCAUACCUUUCAUAACAUAAUCGAUCAUCGGACAUGCCCUCGGCCUCUGCUGUACUGAAGCCACUGUUUGGCACGGCUGCUGGAAUUAUUGGUACCUAUGUGGCAUUUGUCGCGCUCUUAACCAUCCCAAGGCUGCAAGACCAUGUCAUAUACCUCCAUCGAGUAACUCUUACUUGGUUCCAAGACGUCAACGUACCAGAGCAAUGGGGGUUUCUACGGAAUCAAGUUACACCAUUUCAUAUCACUACACCUGACGAAGAGAAACUCCAUGCUUGGCACAUUCUCCCACUCGACACCUACCGAAGAAACCAAGAAGUAUUGAUAAACGAACCGUCUGGAACUUGUUUUGAUAUUCGAGAGCGCGAAUCUUUUAAACUACUGAGGGACGAUCCGCAAGCGAGGCUUGUCAUUUACCUACAUGGAGCGGCGGGAACUUUAGGUUCAGGAUGGCGCCCGCAAAGCUAUCGAGCCAUGUCUGCCGCUGCUCCCGAUGUUCAUAUCCUUGCAAUUGACUAUCGAGGCUUUGGAAACAGCACUGGGUGGCCAUCUGAGCAGGGCCUUCUCACAGAUGCUCUUGCACUCACCAAGUUCGCCAUGGAAGACGCCGGCGUGCCUCCAGAACGUAUUGUUCUUUUUGCGCAGUCAAUCGGCACUGCUGUUGCUUUAUCUCUGACGCACGAGCUUGCUCAUCAAUCACCGCCGAUACUAUUCUCCGGUACGGUCCUGGUGGCACCAUUUGCCGAUGUUGCUUUGCUUACCGAGACCUACCGGGUUGCCGGCACUAUCCCCCUCCUCUCUCCUGUGGCAUUCUUUCCAAAACUCCUUUCUUUGCUCAAUCGAUUUAUUAUUUCCAAAUGGCCUUCCAAGGAUAAGUUAUCGUCCACUAUAAAGUACCUUGAUAGGUUGGAAACAACGAAAAGGAACAACAAGUACGACAUCACAAUCAUUCACGCUGAAGAUGAUUACGAUAUCCCAUGGAUCCACUCAGAUGUGCUGUUCUGGCACGCGGUGAACGCAAUGAAGGCUCCAGGACAGGAGAUUACCUUUGAUGAUCUGCAGACUGUGAAAGAAAAAGAAAAGACACCCCUAGGGGCUGGUGGAUGGGAGAUGCAGUGGAAAUCCACAGGCGGGGUCGUGAGAGAGCAGAUCGUGAAGCAUGGCUUGCAUGACCGGAUAAUGAGUUAUCCAGUCGUGAGUCUUGCUGUUGCACGCGCUUUCGAGAGUCAAGAUGAAGAGGUAUAGAUAGCACAACUUGCUGAAUGCAUUUAGAAUUGAUUCACA